AUGCGCAAAGCAAUAGGCAGCUCACCAGUAUCAAGUGGUUCUGGUAUUUGCUUCUUUCCAGACACCAGUCCGCCUAGAUCCUCUACGCCUCCCACCUCUCCGGUGCUAAUCAGCUCUCCUAUAGUGAAAAGUAGCUGUCCUACCUUGAACCCAAACAAUGCUGUCCAUAGACCUACCCUUGACAAGGGUAUAUCAAUCAUUGAAGAUAAACAAGGUUAUCACAAUAAGCGUGGAUACAUGCAGUAUGACUUAUUUCCGGGCGAACCUGAAGUUCAUUCUGGAGAAGUUCCUUCUUCUCCUACGAAGAAAAGAAAGACACUGAAAACAUCACUGAAUUCCCCUGCGUGCUCUUCGGAAAUUUCAAAUUAUUUCACAGAACGCAUGCUCGAGCUCUCCUGGGUCACCCGUCGGGUCAUUGCUGCAAAAGUCCGAUACCAACGCCUCCACUCGAUAGAAUUGGAACUGAUCAAAUCCAUCAAUGAUGACGAACUCAAAAUCACCCGGAAAGAGCUGACUGCAACCGAUUUGCAGAUAGGCUCCCUUUGA